GUAAUAAAUUGAGAGUAUUAUAAAAAAUAUUACUAGACCGAUAAUCGUAAAUCGGCAUCAUGGACGCCAUUCUAGAAGACAAGUUGUUACGGUACACUCCUGACACUAUGCAGGCGUUACGAAGGCUCUGUAAUUUAGACAAACCCGGUGACAUGGACUUUGCAAUAACAGCACUACAGGAUUGGUUGAAGAAACAACAACAUUUGACUAAAAAGGAUUACUCAAGAUCCUAUUUGGAGACAUUGAUAAUUCUACAAAAAGGUUCGUUAGAGAGAUCAAAAGCUCAAAUAGAGAAUAUUUGCGCGAUCCGAACAUUAUUGCCUGAAUACUUUGAGGUUAAAGAAGACGAAGAGAUAUUUAAACUGGAUGGCUUGACUUUUGACUUGCUUCCGACGCUCACAGAAGAUUACUAUAGAGUAUUGGCAGUCAAACACUUCGCUCGUAAUGGCGACACUCAACGAUUUUUCAAAAUCUACAAAUGUGCUAUUCGUAUGACUGAAUACGCAAUGGCCACGGACUACUGCCGCGGGCUAAUUUGUAUUCUUGACUUCAGAGAUGUCGACAUUGUAGACUACAUAGGUGCUGUUAACAUCAAGGAAUUCUAUCAGUUUAUACAAAUAAUGACGAAAAGCUAUGCUUUAAGUAUAAAGUAUAUACAUGCAAUAACACCAUCAACAGCAGCAAACGCUUUCGUCAACUUGGUAAAGAAGAUGCUCAGUAAUAAAAUAGCAAAUCGCUUCUACGUACAUAAAACGAUAGAACAAUUGUACGAAUACGUGGCCCGAGACAAACUGCCUUCAGAAUUUGGUGGUCACGGGGAAGCACUAGCUGAUAAGCACAUAAAAUGGGUGGAAGCGCUGACGUCCAAGAAGUUGAUCGAGCAUUUAAAAGAAAUGAGUGAAGCGAAAUCAACGCAAGCGAACAAAAUGAAAGACACGAUUAGUGAUCCGGAUUUAGGAAUAUCAGGAAGCUUCCGAUCAUUGAAUGUGGAUUAAACAUGACUAAAAUUUAAUUUAUAACAUGUAGGUCUAUGCAGAAAAAAUAUAGUCCAAAAAAGUAUUUUUUAUUUAAAAAUGUAUUGUGUUUAGAGGAUUUUAUAUGUAAGAAUGAUUGUGUAAUAGUUAACGCGUUUGCAACUUCUCAAUUAACGUUUUUUUUUACCUUCAUCAUAUAACCAAAUUGAGAUUAAAAGUACAUCCUUAUUCAAAUGUAAACCGUGUACAAAUUGAAAAAGAAAUUACUUCGGUUACACUCUGAUCAGAUAAAAUGUUAAACAAACGGCUUAAACUUGUUCAGGAGAAUCAGUAGGUAACAAUAAAUGAAAUCGCAAUAAAUGAAA